AUGACUCCAUCGACCUCACAAAAGGAGGAUUCGCCUCCCAAACAUCCGCAUCAAUCCAAUCCUACCCGUCAACCUCUUCCUUUCGCCCAAAAAUCACGUCUCGUCGUAACCAAUCACAAGGUCCAUCCUACCCAACCUUCAACACCACAGACCUCCCUUCUCCUCUCACUUUCACUGGCCCAGAAGAUACAUAACCUAAUCCUGGCAUCACGCCAGAUCGAGCAAUUUGCCCAUGGCACAUUCAAUAGCUCCGAAGGUGAGAAGAAUGUGGAGAAGCGCAUUGACAAUGUCAUCUCUCUGUAUAAUUCGCUACGGGAAGAAGUGGAGUGCGAAUUGGAGUGCGUAUGGGUGAAUGCAGGGUUGAUUCCAGCACAACUACCAACAUUUCCCGUCGCCAACAACGGAGUCAUCAAUACUCACAGGAAUAAGGGGAUGAAGAGGAAGAGAUCAAUGGAAGAAGAAAUUCAUCAAGAGAAUAGAAACAAAAAGCAGAAGACGGAAGGAAUUACGUACGACAAAGCGAUCGAGGGCGAACGUGAGGGCGAUUGGUCAGCACCCACUCUCUUGCAGCCGAUCGGCGAAUCCAAUACUUCGAUUCCAUUGACCAAAUAUGAGAAGUACAAAAUGAACGCUUGGGGUUUCGAGAGUGCGUGGGGUUGUGGCGAGCCGGUCAUGGAUUUGCAGAUGAGCCCGCGUGCGUACCCGGUACAAGCAUGA